GAGACCCGACUGCCAAAGUCCAGCAGCUGAUGAUCCAGAGUGACUCCGGCUGGUUCAGUGUCAGUUUGUGGAACGUUACAUGUUCACUGUGAAGCUGCAACAGAAGGAGGAGAGGAGAUAAAGAAGAAGAACAAAGCCGUCAGAACGAUGAGAGAACUCGUUCAUGUUCUGUCCAGAGAAAAUCACUUUAAUUUGAAGUGAGACGACAAACACUGGGAUUCUUCAAAUCUGACAGGAUUCUGGAUUUAAUCUUUGUUCAUGACGACCGGAGAGACUGAGGAGACAUGUGGAGGACAGCAGGAGGCAGGAAGAAGAGAAGAAGGAGGGAACAUGAAGGUGUCUCGCUCUUUCACUACUCUGAGCACCAUCGCCAUCCAGGCCGGCCAAUCACUGCUGGUCAUCUCUGUCCUCAAGAGUGGGUAUCUGGUCCACGUCCAGCUGGUCCAGGUCCAUCCAGGUCUCUGUGAGAUCGGAUCAAACCAGGAGGAGAAUCAGACCCUGAUCCAGGAACAGCAGCACCUGAUGGAGAAACUCAAGAAACACGAGGCGGAAGUUCUUUCUGUGGUGGAGAGGAACCAACAGAAUGAGCAGAGGAAGAGGACGAGGAUGAAGAGUGAAGAGACAAUGAACACGAACAAGGACAAGGAGGAAGUGCAUGAGGCCAUGGAGGCGUCUCUGAACGAGGGAUGGUCUCUGCUCCUCUGUCUGCUACAGAGACGACAGGAAGUCCUGACGCUGGCUGCAGAGUUUUACCGCCGAGCUCUGGAGUUUGCUGUCAGUGUGGACAGAUUUGAGGAUCUACAGAUCAGAUCGGACAACGUCACACUGACUGAGGUGCAGCUCAGAUAUGACUCCAUGAGGAAAGAUCUUCUGGGAAAAUCUCUGCAGGUUUUAAGCAGCAGCAGCGUCCUACUGCAGAAACUGAGACAGCUGCAGAGGACCGAGGCCCUCCAGAGGAGAGGAGGAGUACUGCAGGACCAGGAGGAAGAGGAGGAGGAGGAGAGCUCCCGGUGCAGCAGAGGGGUGGUGCUGAGGGUGGAGGAGCUGGUGGAGACGCUGCAGGAUCGGAGGAGGAGGGCUGACCAGGCCUUCAGGCUGCAGCUCCAACAGGUGGAGAACAACAUCAAGAAGGAAGAAGAGACCACAGAGGCUGAGUCUGAAGACUGGAGUCUCACAAUUCAUGAGAUCCUGGACCAGGACCUGCAGAGCACAGACCUGAGGUCAGAUUCAACAACAGCAACAGGAACCACAGACCUGCAACCAGGAUCCAAGUCAGACCUCAAGUCAGAAUCGAAAUCAGAUUACACUGGAGACCUUAACCCCGCAGCCAGUUCAGACCAGACACCAGGACUGAACUCAUAUCUGAAGCCAGAAUCCAGAUCAGAGGACACCAAAGACCUGCAACCCAGAUCAGAGUUGAAGCCUGGAUCUAAAUCAGACCUGUUUAAAAACCAGUCUGGAUUCACAUUAAACCUGAUGGCUCGUUCUAGAUCUGACCCCAAGUCAGAUUCUAAACCAGAGGAGAGCCAAAUCCUGCAGCCCGGAUCUAGUUCAGACCAGACGUCAGGACUGAGAUCAUAUCUGAAGCCAGAAUCCAGAUCAGAGAAGACCCAAGACCUGCAGCCUAGAACUGGAUCAGCCUCACAAUCUGGAUCCAGAUCAGAGGAGUCAGGAUUAAAGUCCAACCUGCAGCCAGGAUCCAGGUCAGACCUCAAGUCAGAAUUUAAAUCAGACGAGACUGAAGUCCUUCAGCUCAAAUCAAAGUCUGGAUCUAAACCAGACCUGAUCAAAAACCUGCAGUCUGGAUUCACAUUAAACCUGAUGGCUCAUUCUAGAUCUGACCUCAAGUCAGAUUCUAAACCAGAGGAGACCAAAGACCUGCAGCUCGGAUCUAGUUCAGACCAGACGCCAGGACUGAGAUCAAAUCUGAAGCCUGAAUCCAAAUCAGAGCUGCAGCUUAAAUCCAGAUCAGAAGAGACCAAAGACCUACAGCCUGGAUCUGGAUCAGCUUCACAGUCUGGAUCCAAAUUAGAAGAGUCAGGAUUAAAGUCCAACCUGCAGCCAGGAUCCAGGUCAGACCUUGAGUCAGAUUCUAAACCAGAUGAAACCAGAGACCUUCAACUUGGAUCAGAGAUGAAGCCUGGAUCUAAACCAGACCUGAUCAAAAACCUGCAGUCUGGAUUCACAUUAAACCUGAUGGCUCGUGCCAGAACUGACCUCAAGUCAGAUUCUAAACCAGAGGAGAGCCAAGACCUGCAGCCCGGAUCUAGUUCAGACCAGACGCCAGGAUUGAGGUCAUAUCUGAAGCCAGAAUCCAGAUCAGAGCUGCACCCUGAAUCUAGAUCAGAGAAGACCAAAGACCUGCAGCCAAGACCUAGAUCAGCCUCAGAGUCUGGAUCCAGAUCAGAGGAGUCAGGAUCCAGUGAACAGGUGGCAGGGCUGCAGAGCAUGCUGGGAAAAGAGACUCCAAGUGAAGAAAGCCACGCCCACCAAACCCUCCUGACCAAUCAGAGGCUCCAGCUGCUGUCGUCAUGUGAACGCCUCAUCGACAAGGUGUGUACCUGGGUGCAGCAGGGCAGCAGUGUGUUGUCUAACAGCUGUGAAGCCGGACAGAAGCUCUCUGAGGCCGAAGACACUCUGAACACACACCUACAGCUGCAGACACAAGCUGAGUCCACAGGCCUCGACGCAGAGAACAUGAAGCAGAUCCUGGAUCAGAUCAGAGCUCAGCACACCAGUAGAACCAGUCCGCAGCCUCCCCCUGAUCCCAGUAGACAGCUGUCCCCUCUGAGGGCUCUGACAGAGCAGCUGAAGAGACGCUGUGCAGGAGGACAGACCAGAACCAGCUCUGCUCCUCCUGCUGCAGACCUGACGACCUCACUGAGUCCUGAACUCACUAGUCGAGUGAAUCAGGUCCUGAAGGAGCUGCAGAGUCUGAAGAUGAAGAUCGACUCAAACCUGCAACUGCUGCGACCCUACGUCUCUUUCCUCAGGACAGCCCAGCAGGUGGAGGAGGAGCUGGGAGACCUGGGGGAGCUCUACAGAAGGAGACCAGAGGAGGAGAAGGAAGGUGGUGGCUCCAGGUCAUCAGUGAAGAAGAAGAAGAAGAAGCAGGUUGACAGCUGCUGGCAGGAAACGCAACAGAGGCUUCUCACCUGUCAGGACCUGGGAAACAACUUCCUCCAUACUGUUACCAUGGUAUGUGGAUCAACGUUGAACCUGCAGACUGUGGUGUUGGCGGUGCAGCAGACGCUGAAGCAACUCAGCAGAACCAAACAGGAAGUGAAUGAGCUGCGGAGUCAGCGGGAAAUGCAGAUCCAAGAGCAGCAGGAGAACUACAGGAAGUACUCAGAGAGACUAUACAAGACUGUGCAGGACUUGACGAGUGUCUCUGAGAUGUUGGACUCGUGCACUCUGAUGGAUCUGGGUUCAGACCUGCAGACCUCCAGACUGCUGCAGCGCUUUGCUCAGGCCAAACCACAUUUUACUCAGCUGGACGCUGAGGUGGAGUUCUUGGUGAAGAACUGGGAGACUGUGAGAGGAGUCCAGGACAGGCUGGAGGUGGAGGAGCUGAAGGGAGGAGCAGUGAAGGAGGAGGAACUGUCAGAGCUGCUGGAGCUUCAGGAGAGAAUGAAGAACAAGAUCAACGAGAGCGAGUCGAUCCUGAUGCUCAGCGAACGCUUCCACCUCACAGCCAGACAGCUGGAGGCGCUGCUCCAGUCAGAGCCUUUAACUGGUUCUACUGGAUCCAGUGAGGCCGAGCAGAGUCAGCAGAUCCAGAGUCUGUAUAAAACGGCGUCAAAACUGAAGACAGACAUCUCCUCCGCCCUCAAACACUCUGAUUGGACAGGUUUCAGAGUGGAGCAGCUGGAGACUCGUCUUCACUCUCUGGACUCACUUCAUGUCUCGUGGCUGAACGAAGCAGCUCAACGGGAAGAGAAGCUCCGCAGACAGCUGCUGACCUGCCUCCUCAACGAUGACAUCGCCCAGCUUCGUGACUCCUUUAAGGAGCUGAAGAAGCGUUUCAGCAACCUGAGGUUUAACUACCUGAAGAGAAACGACAGGAUGAGGAACAUGAAGGCCGUCAGGAACCAGCUGCAGCAGGUGGAGCUGUACGAGGAGAAGCUGCAGGCGCUCAGGAAACGUCUGCAGGGAGUGACAGCCCGGCUGGGGUCAGAGGUCAAGGAUGGGGGUGUGGCCAGGGAGGCGGAGGACACCAUCAAUGAACUGCAGAGACAGAUGGGAGAGUUUGAGCGAAGUGUCAGCGAACACCAAAAAACACUGGAGAUGACCUGCAGGCUGCAACAGGCCAUGGAGGAGUAUCAGUUCUGGUGUGAGGACGCCAGUGCGACCAUCGCUCGCGUCGGGAAGUUUUCCUUAGAGUGUCGCAGCACAGAGGCCGUCUCUGUUCUCUACCGACAGUUUGAGAAGUUUGUGUGGCCGACGGUUCCUCAGCAGGAGGAGAGGAUCAGUCAGAUCACUGAGCUGGCUGUCAGGCUGCACGGGGUGGAGGAAGGGCGGAGGUACAUAGAGAAGACGGUCGGUAAACACUCAGAGAUGGUGGAGUCCAUCAGAGAACUGAGUGACGGACUGAUGAAACUGGAGGCCAAACUGAAGCUGGAGAGUCUCAAACAGCAGCAGGAUGACAAGGAGAAAGAGAUAAAGGAAGAGAAAGAUGAAGAUGAAGAUGAAGACGAAGGUGAAGACGAAGAGGAAGAUGAAGAGGAAGAUGAAGAGAAAGAUGAGGAAAAAGAGAAGUUAAAUGAAAAAGGGAAGACAAAGCAGAAGGAGCAGACAGAUAACCGCAGCACACAGGAAGCGCCUGACAUGUAUGAGCUGAAGGAAACAGGUCACACCCCUGAACUGACCACUGAGCAUGAUGGGAAGGAGGUUCACGUGAAGAGGGAGACCACAGCCAGUAGGAAGCCUCCAUCACAGAAGAUCCGCAGUCAGGAGGCUGCUGAGAACAGACAAUACUCUGCCUCUUCCUACUGCUCCACCCAUACCUUCAGCCUCUCCUGCUCCCCAGCAGAGGCCAACCGAUGGGUCCACGCCAUACACAGCCAAUCACAGCCUGCCACCAUUGAGGCCACGCCCCCUCCAUGUGUGAUUGGCCCAUCAUUCUCAGACAUCCAGAGGGAAUUUCAGAGGAAGGAGGCGCACCAUGCUUCAAACAUGACACCGCUUCAGGAUGCAUCAGCAGGAGGCCUAUUGGAGGCAGAGCUUCAGCAACAGGAAGCCAUGACUGAGGAUUCUCUUUCUAAUGAUGAAUACGAUUGUGUGUCACCUGAUGACAUUUCCCUGCCGCCACUGGCAGAGACGCCAGAGUCCUUCAUGGUUCAGUCAGACAUUGAGGAAGGCUUCUGUUUCAGCUCCCACAGCGUCCACAUCAACCAGUACAGCCACCAGCCAGAGCACACUGGCACUGGUGCAGUCCGACAACGGAGAGAGUCCAGCCAGAGUUGUCCAACUCCUCCAACCAGCCGUCACAGCAGUACCAGGUUCAGAUCAGAGUCCAGUUCAUUUGCCCAGAGUCCACUGACAGUACCUCCUAACAUGAUCACCAGCACUCUGUGCAGCAUUUUGAAGACUGGAAAGACCAUCGACCCCAAACCAAGCUUCCCCUCUGGAUCUAACCCAGCCCACAAGAGCAACACUCCUCAGAGUUGUUCCAACAAAGACAGAGAUGUCCCUGAGAAGAAGAGCCCCCCACAAACUGAUCCCUUAUUAAAGGAGCACAACAUCCAGGACAACCAGCCUCAGAGGAGUGCAGGUACUCAGGGUAAGAUCACCCAAAAUGGUGAUGAGACCAUUCCACAGACUGGUCCCAUUCACCAGCUUGCAAAGAUCAAUCACAGCACCACCCUGCCCCAGUCCACCUUUUGUCCUCAGCACUCUAAUGGUCCAGACCCCGAUCUCCGCAAGGACAAGAACCCUUCACAAGACACUAGGUCCCUCAAAUUUGGCACUUCCAUUUGUCAGGAGAGUGACCUAAAUCAGGACACGAAUUCCUUCCAAACUAGGAAGGAAACAUCCCCAGCUUCCAAACCCCAAAGUGUCAGUCCCACCAACACCAGCACCAGUACAGUUGCCCAGCAGCCCAUUUACUUCCAGUCCUCCCAUUCAGACAGUCAUCACAACUUUCCAAAGAUUGAUCCAGUCCCUAAUGCUAAAGAAUUUGCUCAGAGCCUCACAGACACUAUUUUUUGCAAAGACAAGAGUCAGGAGACUGGGCUCCUCAAAUCCCGUGCAACUUCCAUCCAACCCACCACAACCCUCUCUCAAGACACCAAUCUUUCACAGUCUUACCCAAAUUCUAGGAGUGGCCUUGAUCAGGAUGGACCUUCCUCCCAAACCAGCAAAGAAACAUCCUCCAUUUUUCCCCAAAACAGCAGCCUCAUCACAGCCACUUCUGUCACUAAACAAACUAUUUCCUGCCAACCCUCCCCUCUAGAUAGCCAUUGCACAUUGCCAAAGGGAAGCAGCAGCCCCUUAUCCCAGUGUAAGAUCUUGCCACAGAUUGAUCGAGUCCCCCAAGUCAAAGGGUUUGCUCAGAGCCUCACAGACUCUUUUCUCCACAAAGACAAGGCUCGGGACACCGGACUCCUCAAAUCCUCUGCAACUUGCGUCCAAACCACCACAAGCCUCCCUCAAGAUCUUUUACUGUCUUACCCAGAUUCCAAGAGUGGCCUUGAUCAGGAUGGACCUUCCUCACAAACCAGCAAAGAAACAUCCUCAGUUUUCAUGCCCCAAAGCAGCAGCCUUGCCACAGCUACUACAGUCACCCAACAAAGCGUUUAUUCUCAGUCCUCCCCUCCAGACAGUCAUUGCACCUGGCCACAGGCUAGCAGCAAUCUCAGGUCCCAGCAUUUAAGCCCCUUCUCCCAGGAUAGUGGGGGUCUACCUGAGGUCCAUGCUCCCAUUCCCCCAGAGCCAAACAGUGUCAGCAAUAUCAGCAAAUCCAGCAGCACCAUCACCAACAGUGAUAUAUUCAGGAGCAAGCAGAGCCACCAGACAGCCUACUCCUUCCAAGAGUCCUUGACCUCCACCUGUACCCAGCAGUGUGUGCAUGACUCUGGCAUGACUCCCAGCAGCACCGCCAUGCCUGCUGCUCCUCCUCUGCCCAAACCACAGACCCAAGCUUUGGCUCAGCAGGCUAAUCUGCAUGUCACACCCCUUUCCUCUCCAUCCCAUCUACUAACUCCAGAGCAAGAUCCAAACAUUUGUCAGCCCGUGGCCAUCCGUGAGGAAAUCAGACUUACUCCUCAGAUCCAAUGGCCUCCCCUUCCUGCUCCUCCUCCUCCUCCUCUUCCCCAGGGACAGGCAGAGUCUCUUCCCCAGGGAAAAGCCUCUAAACCUGGACCUCCCUGGUUCACCAGGCCCCUGUCUAGAGCUACCGUCAUGGAGGGCUCUCCAGUGACGCUAGAGGUGGAGGUGACGACACAUCCAGAGCCCACGCUCACCUGGUGUAAAGACGAAGAGGUGUCAGCCACGGGCCCGGGCCGAGCGCUGCUCUCCUGCGAGGACGAGAAACACUUCCUGUUUAACCCCGAGGCGUUGGACUCCUAUGGUGGGCUGUACGAGGCCCGGGCUGCUGAACGUAAAGACAACAGUGAUAAAUGGCUAGUGGCGGAAGUGUUUGACAUCAUCAGUGAGGACUGGCAGAGCUGGUUCGGUACGCUGUGUGUUCUGCUGUGGCUGCUCUACCUGGUUCUACCCUCCCCUGGGCAGCCCAGGCAUCCUUGUGCACACAAGGUGCCGACCAACAUGUCAACACAGGCGCCGACGUUCACGCAGCCGCUGCAGAGCGUCGUGGCAUUAGAGGGUAGUGCCGCGACGUUCGAGGCUCAAGUUAGUGGUUCUCCAGUUCCUGAGGUGAGCUGGUUCCGUGAUGGCCAGGUUCUUUCCGCCGCCGCUUUGCCCGGCGUUCAGAUCUCGUUCAGCGACGGCCGCGCUGUUCUGAGGAUCCCCGCUGUGACUGCCGCACACAGCGGAAGAUUUUCUGUCAGGGCCACCAACGGCGCUGGACAAGCCACGAGCACCGCCGAACUCCUUGUUACAGCUGAGACGGCGCCUCCAAACUUCCUACAGAGGCUGCAGAGCUCCUCAGUGAGACAGGGCAGCCAGGUGAGGCUGGACGUCAGAGUCUCAGGUAUCCCAACACCUGUGGUGAAGUUCUACAGAGAGGGAGCCGAGAUCCAGAGCUCAGCUGACUUCAGGAUACUCCAGGAGGGAGACCUGUACAGUCUGCUGAUUGCUGAGGCCUUCCCAGAGGAUUCUGGGACAUAUUCUGUGACCGCCACCAACAGCAGCGGACGAGCCACCUCCACUGCUGAGCUGUUGGUUCAGGGUGAAGAAGCUGUACCUACUAAGAAAACUAAGACGAUUGUGUCCACAUCCCAGAUGGCUGGGUUGGCUUCCCAAACCAGAGUUCAGAGGAAGGUGGAGUCCAGUUUCCAAGCCACCACCAUGAUGGAGAUGCAGGUCGAAGGAGGAAUGAUGACUCAGCAGUUGGCUCACAAAACCCCUCCCCGGGUUCCCCCAAAGCCGACCUCCAAGUCCCCACCGUCCUUCAUCACCAAGGUGACAGGAGGACGCCAGCAGUCACCUUCACCUGUCAGACACGUGAAGGGGCCGACGCCCGCACCUGUUAGACCCGUCUCCCCCACCACCAGACUGUCCUCUAUCUCUCCCAUCAGACCGGUCAAAUCUCCCAUCAUGUCCAGGAAACAGGUGUCCGCCUCUCCAGAGGUCCUGCCGCCCUGGAAGCAGGGAGACUACAUGGCUGAAGCCAGCUACACCACUAUGACCAGCAUGACCAGUGUGAGCAGCGCUGCCCAGCUUCAUAUGGAGAAGCACUGGGAGCAGCAGGUCACCGGCAGCAGAGAGGAGGCGGCUGCAGUUCCCACCAGAGCACAGGAGGCUGUUGUUCCUCCCACUCUGAUCGCUGGCCUCAAGAAUGUGACAGUGACGGAGGGCGAGUCAGUGACACUGGAGUGUCAGAUCAGCGGUCACCCCGCUCCCACCAUCAUGUGGUUCAGAGAGGACUACAAAAUCGAGAGCUCCAUUGACUUCCAGAUCACCUACGUGAGCGGAUUUGCCCGGCUGGUGAUCCGCGAGGCGUUCGCCGAAGACAGCGGGCGCUUCACCUGCACCGCCACCAGCGAGGCGGGCACUGUCAGCACCUCCUGCUACCUGCUCGUCAAAGUGUCAGAAGAGAUCGAGAGCAGAGAGGAAACGACUGUCACUGAAAUUGGAAUCACUCAAGAGAAAACUAUUGCCAUGGAGACAAAGGAAAGGGUGGUGGCGGAGGUGAGUACAGGAGAGUCUGCCGCCCCCUUCUUCAUCAAGAAACCGACCGUCCAGAAGCUGGUGGAGGGAGGAGGUGUCGUGUUCGAAUGCCAGGUCGGAGGAAAUCCCAAACCUCAUGUCAUCUGGAAGAAGAGUGGUGUGCCGCUCACUACUGGAUACAGAUACAAAGUUGCCUACAACAGGGAGACAGGAGCAUGCAAACUGGAGAUCUCCAUGACCUUUGCUGAUGAUGCUGGAGAAUACUCCAUCUUUUUGAAGAAUCCACAUGGAGAAGCCUCAGCCUCUGCUGGCCUGCUGGAGGAAGAGGAAUAUGAAGCCUACAUGAAGCAACAUGACGUGACAUACAAAACUGAAGUGACAACAACAACCACAGUGGUUCAGGAGCCCUCUGUGGUCAUGACUGAAUAUGAGAUGGAACACAGGAGAGUAACCACCCCGAUGAGCUAUGUCUCAGAAACGGAAUUUCUAAUUUCAGCCUUUGAAGAGAGGAUCAUCCAUGAGAUCGAGCUGCGUAUCAUGAUGAUUACCUACAUACAGCUGGUGACAGAGGAUGGCGAGGUGGCGGUGACUGUAGCAGAAGAGGAGGCAGUUCAGCCGACCUUUGAUACGCCAGUCAAAAACUACAGGAUUAUGGACGGAAUGGGCGUCACUUUCCACUGCAAGAUGGGUGGAAACCCACUGCCAAAGAUUGCUUGGUACAAAGAUGGCCAGCGCAUCAGGCCUGGUGGCCGUUACCAGAUGGAGGUCCUUCAGGAUGGACGAGCCAGCCUUCGUGUGCCUGUGGUUCAACCAGAGGAUGAGGGCGUGUACACUGCCUUCGCUACCAACAUGAAGGGAAAUGCCGUCAGCUCUGGAAAGCUCUAUGUAGAGCCGUCCGGAACUGUAACACCUCAGAGAUACACACCACAGCCAGCGAUGCAGAGGAUCAGGUCCACAUCUCCUCGUUCUCUGAGCCGCUCACCCGGACGUUCUCCCAGCCGUUCUCCAGGACGCUCUCCGGCCCGCCGCCUUGACGAGACAGAUGAGGCUCAGCUGGAAAGACUCUAUAAGCCUGUCUUUGUCAUGAAACCUUCCUCUAUAAAAUGCUCCGAGGGGCAAACCGCCAGAUUCGACUUAAAGGUUGUUGGCAGACCAAUGCCCGACACAUACUGGUUCCACAAUGGACAACAAGUGGUCAAUGACUACACCCACAAGAUAGUGGUUAAAGAGGACGGUGUCCAGUCCCUGAUCAUUGUCCCAGCCAUGCCAAACGACACUGGAGAGUGGACAGUCGUCGCUCAGAACAGAGCUGGACGGACAUCUGUCUCUGUAACUCUUAAUGUUGAUGCUCGAGAAAGCCUGGCGCGCCCUCAGUUUGUUGAGAAGUUGAAGAACAUCACUGUGAAGCAGGGCACACUGGUUGAGUUGGCUGUCAAAGCCAUUGGAAACCCCCUGCCUGACAUCGUCUGGCUGAAAAACAGUGACAUUAUCACCCCACAGAAGCACCCACAUAUUAAGAUUGAAGGAACUAAAGGAGAGGCCAAAUUCCAGAUCCCAUCUCCUUCAGGCUCAGACAGUGCCUGGUACACAGCUACAGCCAUCAACAAGGCUGGCAGAGACACCACUCGCUGCAGAGUCAAUGUUGAGGUGGACUUUGCUGCUCCUCAAGCUGAGAGGAAGCUCAUUAUUACCAAAGGAACAUACAAGGCGAAGGAGAUUGCUGCUCCUGAGUUGGAGCCCCUUCAUCUCCGCUAUGGUCAAGAGCAGUGGGAGGAGGGUGACCUUUACGACAAAGAGAAGCAGCAGAAACCACAGUUCAAGAAGAAGCUGACCUCUAUCAGAAUGAAGCGCUUUGGUCCAGCUCAUUUUGAGUGCAGACUGACCCCUAUUGGUGACCCCAACAUGGUAGUGGAGUGGCUCCAUGACGGCAAACCUCUGGAGGCUGCUAAUAGGUUGCGCAUGGUCAAUGAAUUUGGCUACUGCAGUCUUGACUAUGAAGUUGCUUACGCCAGGGACAGCGGCGUCAUCACCUGCAGAGCCGUUAACAAAUUUGGAGUCGACCAGACCUCGGCCACCCUGAUCGUUAAGGAUGAGAAAGGCCUUGUUGAAGAAACACAGCUUCCUGAAGGCAGGAAGGGACUGCACAGAAUGGAUGAGAUCGAGCGCAUAGCACAUGAAGGAGGACCUACAGGAGUCACCACUGAUGAAGAAUAUGAGAAGACCAAACCUGAGAUUGUCCUUCUUCCUGAGCCAGCAAGAGUGCUGGAAGGCGACAUUGCACGAUUCCGCUGUAGAGUGACCGGCUAUCCAGCACCCAAGGUUAACUGGUACCUCAAUGGGCAACUCAUUCGCAAAAGCAAGAGAUAUAGACUUCGUUAUGAUGGUAUUUACUACUUGGAGAUUGUUGACAUCAAGUCCUAUGACUCAGGAGAGGUCAGGAUUGUCGCAGACAAUCCUCUGGGCACAACUGAGCACACUGUGAAGCUGGAGAUCCAACAGAAAGAGGACUUUAGAUCUGUCCUUCGCCGUGCUCCAGAGCCGAAGGCUGCAGAGGCUCCACAUGACCCCGGCAGAAUGGGAUUUGACGUUGUGAAGGCCGACCGACCUGCAGAGGCCGCACAGGACAGGGAAGUUGUUAAGCUGCGUAAGGCACAGAGAAUUGUUCAUGAGAAAACCUCAGAGGAGUCAGAUGAACUGAAGAGCAAGUUCAAGCGCAGGACAGAGGAAGGUUUCUAUGAGUCCAUCUCUGCUGUGGAGUUCAAGUCUCGUAAGAGAGAUGACUCCUAUGAGGAUCUACUGAGGAAGACUAAGGAGGAGCUGCUUCAUCACUUGAAAGAGAAAGAAGAAGCUGAAAGGAAGAGGAUAGAGGAACAAGGCCAAAUCACCAUCCCCACUAUCAAACCUGAGAGGAUCCAGCUGUCCCCCAGCAUGGAAGCACCCAAAAUCCUGGAACGCAUCACAAGCAAGACAGUUGCUCCAAUGGACGAGGUUCGUUUCCGACUCAGAGUUGUGGGCAGACCCGAACCUGAAUGCCAGUGGUUCAAGAACGGAAUUCUGGUGGAAAAGUCUGACCGUAUUUACUGGUACUGGCCUGAGGAUCAUGUGUGUGAACUGGUGAUCAGAGAUGUCACAGCAGAGGACUCUGCCAGCAUCAUGGUUAAAGCCAUGAAUAUCGCUGGAGAGGCCUCAAGCCAUGCCUUCCUGCUUGUGCAAGCCAAGGCAGCAAUCAGCUUUACUCAAAACCUGGAGGAUGUCAAUGCAAAUGAGAAAGACACCAUGGUGACUUUUGAGUGCGAAACCAACGAACCUUUAGUCAAAGUCAAAUGGCUCAAGAACGACAUGGAGAUCUUCUCUGGAGAGAAAUACAGAAUGCACUCAGACAGAAAGGUCCACUUCCUGUCUGUGCUGAUGAUUGAAAUGAGGGACGAUGCCGAAUACACUUGUAUGGUUGUGGAUGAUGAGAGCAUCAAGACGAGUGCAAGGCUUUACGUAGAAGGUGCAGCCCUGGAGCUCGUAAAGCACAUGGAGAACAUAGAGGUGCCAGAGACCUACGCUGGAGAGUUUGAGGUUGAACUGUCUCGUGAGGACGCUGAGGGCAUCUGGUACUUUGGAGACAAGGAGCUCUCUCCCAGUAGUAAAUACAUUAUGUCCUCUCGCCGAGGAAGACAAACCCUGACAGUCAAGGAUAUCAGAAAAGGAGACCAAGGGAAAUAUACCUUUGUGUGUGGAGAUCUGAUGACCAGCGCCUCACUGAAGAUGAAAUUGCGCCCGGUUACCUUGGUUCAACCCUUGACUGACCUCACAGUGUGUGAGGGUGACAUCGCUCAGCUGGAGGUCAGGUUCUCCCAGGAGAAUGUUGAGGGAACCUGGAUGAAGAAUGGACAGGCCAUCUCCGCCUCGGACCGUGUCCACAUCGUUAUCGACAAACAGGUUCACAAGCUGUUGGUGGAGAAUGUCAGCAGAGAAGAUGCUGCUUCCUACUCUUUUGUUGUUCCCACCCAAGACAUCUCCACCUCGGGAAAACUCAGUGUUCAAACAAUUGACAUCGUGGUCCCACUGAAGGAUGUGUCCUCCAUCGAAGGCACCAAGGCUGUUCUGGAGGCCAAGAUCUCCGCUCAGGAUGUCAGUUCAGUCAAAUGGUAUCACAACGACAAACUGGUGAUGCCCAGUGACCGAGUCCAGAUUUUGGCGAAGGGAGCCAAGCAGCGUAUGGUCUUCACCAGGACUUACGCCUCUGAUGAAGGACGUUACAAACUAGUGGUUGGCAAGGUUGACACUAGCUGCAGCCUGUCUGUUGAAAAGGUACACAUUGUGAAGCACAUGGAAGACAAAGUGUGCUCAGAGUCCCAGAAUGUAACCUUUAAUGUCGAGGUUUCUCACUCGGGUAUCGACCCGGCCUGGACUUUCAAGAACCAGCAGCUCAAACCUGGACCCAAAUACAAGAUGGAGUCCAAGGGCAAGGCUCACUCUCUGACGGUCAUCGACACCAUGAAGGAUGAGGAGGGCCAGUACAUGUUUUAUGCCGGUGAAAAGACAUCCAGCGCCAAGCUCACUGUGUCCGGUGGAGCCAUCACACGUCCCCUGCAUGACUUGACGGUGGCGGAGUCUCAGACAGCUGUGCUUGAGUGUGAAGUCGCCAAUGCCGAAGCUGAGGGCAAAUGGAUGAAGGAUGGUCAUCAUGUGAACUUCAGUGACAACGUGGUGAGCGAGAUGGACGGGGCCGUCAGACGCCUCGUCAUUGUCAUCACGAGACCACAGGAUGUCGGGGAGUACACCUACCAGGUGGCCAACUCCAAGACCACCGCCAACCUCAGGGUGGAGGCGGUGAAGAUCAAGAAAACUCUAAAGAACCAGACUGUGACAGAGACCCAGGAGGCGGUGUUCACGCUGGAGCUCACACACCCCGAUGUGAAAGGAUCCCAGUGGGUCAAGAGUGGCGUGGAGCUGCAGAACAGUGACAAAUACGAGAUCACCACCAACGGCAUGGUGCACACACUGAGGGUCAAGAACUGCAACACACAGGACGAGGCUGUUUAUUCCUUCAAACUUGGAAAACUGUCUGCCAACGCCAGACUCAAUGUUGAGACAAUCAAAAUUGUGAAGAAGAUAAAGGACGUGAAAUCACUGCUGGAAGGCACCGCCUCCUUUGAGUUGAGCCUGUCACAUGACAAUAUCCCCGUCAGGUGGAUGUUUAAAGGCGUAGAGCUGAAGCCGAGCGACAAGUGCAAGAUUCUGUCUGAGCGGAAAGCUCACAAACUGAUCCUGCAGCAUGUUGACAGCAGCAAUGCAGGAGAGUACACCGCCAUGGUCGGACACCUGCAGUGCAGCGCCUCGCUCUCUGUGGAGGCCCUGCGAGUCACCAAACCGCUGAAGAGCAUUGAGGUCCCAGAGACCCAGAUGGCCACGUUUGAGUGUGAGGUUUCUCACUUCAAUGUGCCUUCCACCUGGCUGAAAGACGGCGUGGAGAUUGAGAUGAGCGAGAAGUUCAGGAUCGUGGUUCAGGGAAAACUGCACCAGCUGAAGAUCAUGAACACCAGCAGGGACGACUCGGCAGAGUACACCUUCGUCUGCGGGAACGACCGAGUCUCUGCAACGCUCACCGUUAGCCCCGUGCUGAUCACGUCCAUGCUGAAGGACCUGAACGCUCAGGAGCGAGACACCAUCACCUUCGAGGUCACCGUCAACUACGAGGGCAUCACCUACAAGUGGCUGAAGAACGGUGUGGAGGUGAAGUCGUCGGACAGAUGUCAGGUCCGCAGCCGGCAGCUCACGCACUCCCUUUCCAUUCGGAAUGUUCACUUCGGGGAUGGAGGAGAGUACCAGUUCGUGGCAGGGUCUGCUGCCACCGCCGCCAACCUGUUCGUUGAAGCCCGUGUGAUUGAAUUCACCAAGAAAAUCAAGGACAUUAAGAUCACAGAGAAGAAGAAGGCGAUUUUUGAGUGUGAGGUUUCUGAGCCGAACAUUCAGGUGAUGUGGAUGAAGAAUGGUCAGGAGCUGGACUUGUCUGAGGAGAGGUACACUGUGACAGCAGAGAAGUUUGUUCAUCGUCUGAUGGUCCAGACAGUUCGUAUGUCUGAUGCCGGAGAGUAUUCGGUGGUUGCCGGAUCAAGCAUCUCCAAGGCUCAGCUGAUCGUGGAGGGCCGCGACAUUCGCAUCUCCGAACCUGCAGAGCGGGAAAUCACGGUUCUGGAGAGACACCGAGCAACCUUUGAGUUCGAGGUGAACGAGGACGACGUGGAGGGUCGCUGGCUGAGGAACGGGGUGGAGAUCCAGUUCUCUGUGGAGGAGAGGUUCAACUACGUGACCAUCAGGAAGAUACACCGCCUCACCAUCUCUGAGACCUACAGGAGCGACGCCGGCGAGUACACCUUCAUCGCCGGCAAGAACAGGAGCACCAUGCACCUCCGAGUCAACCUCCCGGAGCCUCCUCAGAUCCUCCGCCACAUGGAGCCCCAGUCGGUGGAGGCCGGUAAACCUGCUCGCUUCUCUGUGGAGGUGAGCGGCGUUCCCCAGCCUCAGGUCUUCUGGUACAAAAACUCCCAGGCUCUGUCCCCUGGCUUCAAGUGUAAGUUCCUCCACGACGGCAACGAGCACUCACUGCUGCUGAUCGAAGUGUUCCCCGAGGAUGCCGCCGUCUACAACUGCGAAGCCAAGAACGACUACGGCACCGCCACAAGUACCGCAUCGCUCAACGUGGAAGUGUCUGAGGUGGUGUCUCCAGACUCAGCUGCACCUGUCGCACCUCCUGUCGUCAUCUCACCCAUCACCAGCACCUCCACCCGUGAGGGACAACCAGCUCGCUUUCAGUGCAGAGUCCGCGGAGACGAUGUGAAGAUCAGGUGGUACCACGGAGAGAAGGAGAUCAAGCAGUCCGUCUUCUUCAGGAUGUCUCAGUUUGACGACAGCUGUCAGCUGGAGAUCUCCAGGGUUUACCCCGAGGACGAGGGCGAGUACACCUGCGUGGCCACGAACAACGCUGGACAGGUGUCCUGCUCUGCCACUCUCUCAAUUGACGUACCUGUGACUCACGUGAGAGAGCAUAUCGAAGCCAAGAUUGAGGAAGAAGUCAAAGAGCUGUUUUAUCACGAAAGCAAAGAAGGAACGCCGCACAUCAGCACCGAACUCACCGCCACUCGACAGCUCAGAGGAGCCUUCUCUGACACUGAGGACUUCCCAGAUCACGGCCUGGUGUCGGCCAAUCGGUGCUCCAGCAGGACUUCUUCCAUCAGCUCGUGGACAGAGAACAUCAAACCUUCGUUCACCAAGAAGCUCAAGUUCCAGUCAGUCCUGGAAGGAGAGCCUGUGGAGUUGAAGUGUAAAUUGGUUGCAUGUCCUUCACCAACUAUCCUUUGGUUUCAUAACAAUAAAUCUAUUCCUAAAGAGCGUAGAAGAAGGAUCUGUACUGACAGCAGAAUGCACAUGCACACUACCAGUCUGGUUAUUGAGAGUAUCAAAGAGAAGGACUCGGGCAGUUAUAAGGUAAUGGCGAUAAACACGGAGGGUUCUGCUGAGUCCACAGCAUCACUUUUGGUGUCACUGGGGGAAGAGCAGUCUGCUAACUACCUGGGCUUUGUUAGACGCUCUGCCAAAGCCCAUGAAAGCGUAGACACCAUGGCAGAGCAGAGGAGAGAAAGGAAGAUUAGGGUCGAGCUCAGGUGCGUAGGUUCUCCGUUCGACAAGAUGUCCAAAGUCCAUCAGGGAAGAUCUCGAUCAAAGACCUCUCUGGUGCGUACCGUGUACUUCAGGUCUGGUUCCCGUGCAAAAGAGAAAGAGACAGAGAAAGAGUCCAAACGUUUGGAGACUGCCUCUGAGCGUGCCCCAUCUCCACCUCCCAUGUUUGACAGGUCUGAGCGCUUUAACGACAGAUACAGUGAUAUCUACUGUGACCGGCGCACCGGAGGCAGGUUCAGUGACAAGUUUAGCGACAGGUGCAGUGACAGAUACAGCGAGAGGUUCAGUGACACUGAGAGCCUUCACAACGAGGUAAGAACAAAACUUACCACACUCCAAAAAGCUGUCAAACAGAGGAAGAGGUUUUCUAUCUCGACCAUGUCCUCCUCUGAGUUUGAGUCAGAGUCAGUUGCCAGCGAGUCGAGCUAUGCAGAUUAUGUAGAGAGGCUCAGGGUCAAGCCUGCCUCACUGCCUGAUGUUCAGCAUUUCAAUCGACCCUUCGAUUUGGGGGAGAGUCACAGGGAGUCUCAAGGUAAAAGCUCACAGCACAGGGAGCCCUCUCAGCCUCAUAUGAGGCAUUCGUUUGAGCCUCAGUCCAGAACCAGGGCCAUUCAGAUCAUGAGAGGUGAGUUGGUUGAUACACUGGUGCCAGACACAGAAAGGAAACCAAGUCAAACAUAUUCAGAGACAGUUGAGGAUAAAAAAGUUGAGAGCUAUGUUGAAUCUCAGGCAGAUGGUAGAUUCAAGCAAAUGGUAAGUGAAUGUCACAGUGCGGUUGCUGGUCAAAAGGUGGAGGCUACAAAGGUUGAGGUUGAGCUACGUCACCCUGAAGUCCCAUACUCUAAAUCAUUAGCAUACCCUGAAACUACAACUUACACUGAAAGCAGGGAAUCUGUCAGAACUUCGCCUGCUCAAGAGAAGAAAUCACUUCUGGCGUCACCCAGGGCUAAGCCAGUCGCAUCUAUCAGGGAGAAGUUCCUGAGCGAUGCAGUAAGACCAGAUGACAUAGCAACAACAGAAACUGUUGAUCCAUAUGGAGAGGAGCGUGCAGGGGAGUGUUUGAGGGCUCAGUAUGAGAAGAGCCUCGAAGAAGAACGGAUGCAGUGUGAAGAAAAACUGCUGGCCUUGCGGAUCAGGAAAUGGCAACAAGGUAGUAGGAUGUCAGAAGAGGAGACAUUUCACUCUGAAACUGAUCUGCCCAUGCCAGCGGAGAUGCAGUACAUGGAGCCCGCAGGGCACAUUUACCCUCAGCAGGAGGUGAUGGAGAAAAGAGCAGCUGUAGAAACUGAGGCCAUGCCCUCCUCUUUCAAUAAAUCACUCAGGAUGACGGCAAGUUUGGUAGAUCCUGAAGCUGCAACUGUGUCAGCACCCAGACCAGCUAAAGUAAAAGCCAGAGAAGAAGAAUUGGACACAUCCAUCUCUGUGCUCACAAAGUCAGCCACAGUGGAGGCCAAAUCAGAAGAAAUGCAAGUUGGGGCACCACUCAUGUCCAUACAAAAAUCCCCCAGAAUAAAAUCCAGAACUGCACAAGUGGAGGCAGAAUUGAUGCCAAGAACAAAAACCAUGGCAGAGGACAGACUAAGAGAGUCACCCAGGUUUAGGCAACCCAUAUCUACCAAAGAGAGGUUCAUCAGUGAAGCUGUAACACCAGAAAGAGUUGAGCAAUAUGGAGAGGAGCGGGGAGGGGAAUCUUUGAGGGCUCAGUAUGAGAAGAGCCUUGAACAAGAACGGAUGCAGUGUGAGGAAAAACUCCUGGCCCUGCGGACCAGGAAAUGUCAGCAAGGGAGUAGGAUGUCAGAGGAGGAGACAUUUCACCCUGAAACUGAUCUGCCCAUGCCUGCAGAGAUGCGGUACAUGGAGCCUGCAGAGCACAUUUACCCUCAGCAGCAGGUGAUGGAGAAAAGAGCAGCUGUAGAAACUGAGGCCAUGCCCUCUGAUUUUCAUAAAUCACCCAGCAUGACGGCAAGUUUGGUAGAUCCUGAAGCUGCAACUGUAUCAGCACCCAGGUUGACUAAAAUUAAAGCUGGAGGAGAAGUAGAAACAUCUGCCUCCUUGCACACACAAUCAGCUACAAUAGACGCCAGAUCAGAAGAAAUGGAAGUAGGGGUACCACCCAUGCCGACACAAAGAGUAAAAGCCAGAGCUGCUGAGGUGGAGGUGGAGUUUUUGCCAAGAGCAAAAGCCAGGGCAGAGGACAGACUCAGAGAGUCACCCAGGUUAAGACAAGACACAUCUACCAAAGAGAGGUUCCUUAGUGAAGCUGUAACACCAGAAAGAGUUGAGCAAUAUGGAGAGGAGCAUGAAGGGGAGUCCUUGAGGGCUCAGUAUGAGAAGAGCCUAGAAGAAGAACGGAUGCAGUGUGAGGAAAAACUCCUGGCCCUGCGGAUCAGGAAAUGGCAGCAAGGUAUGCGAAUGUCAGAAGAGGAAGAAUCCCACCCUGAAACUGAUUUGCCAAUGCCGACAGAAACCCGGUAUGUAGAGCCUGAGGAGCACAUUUACACCCAGCACAAGGCGGUGGAGAAAAGUACAGGUGUAGACCAUGCUACCAUGUCAAUGCAAAAGUCACCUAAAGUAAAAGGUAGAGAAGAACAGGACGAAACCUCUGCCCUCUUGCCUAAACCCAGAAUGAAAACCAGACCAAGGGCAUUGGAAACUGAUGCAUCAGUAAUGCUGGCACAAAAAUCACCCAGACUACAAAGUAGAGCAGCAGAUGUGGAGGCUGAGUCAUCGCCUAGAACAAAAGCCAGAGGAGAGAAGAUGUUGUUUGAGAAGACAAAAGAGGAGCGUCAGCUCCAGCUGUCAAGGGAGAAUAUCUCUGAGCUUAAGAAUGAAAGUGAGAAGUUUGCCAGUGAAGAGGAAGCCUUGACUCAGCGAAUAAUGGAAUGGCAACAGAAUGUUCAGCUGGAACAAGACCAGGCUAUGAAGCCAGAGUCUGAUUGGGUAGAGGGUUACUCAAAGAUCCAGGCAGAGAGAAUUUCUGAGGUCGGAAGAAAUGUUGCAGGGGUGUCUGCUGCAGAAUCGCAACCUGAAGUGGUCCACAGCAGGAAGACUUCCCUGGGAAAAAAUGCUAAAGAGAAGUUCCUUUUGAGUGAGUCAGUUCCUGCUGGUUUCCAAGAUCAGCAGGGUGAUAGCUUGCAGUGGCCGCCUGCUGGUGAGCUGCAAACUGAGGGCCGUGAGACCAGGUUGCAGAGAGACAGUGAGUACUUCGUAAGCGAGGAGGAAGCACUGGCUCAGCGCAUCCUGAAAUGGCAACAAGAUGUCGUUGAACAAGAGGAAGUAGCUGAACUGGAAUCUGAGUGGGCUUUGGACAACCAAGGCAAACAACCUGGCUCUGGGUUGCUGUUUGAGUCUUGUGUCUUACCAUCUGACAGCGGACCCCACCAUGGAGGCAUUUCUCACGACACCCACCCGAGUGACGUUCCACCUCAACAAAAAUCUCUUGUUGGUGGAGGCUUACCAACAAAAAAACCCUCACCUCUUCCACAUGCAGCUAGGUACGAGCCACCUCCACAUAGUGAGUCUUCUUCUGUAACAAGGCAUUCUCCAACACAUGAUGGUCUACCACACCAUGUUGGUGUACCUACUGAUAGCUCUUUCGAUUUUAAACCUAUUCCUGUAAAGGACAGAACGGGUCCAGAAGUCUCACCAGUUCGGAGAUACUCUCCCACCCAACUUAGUAAUGUACCUUUUGAAGGGUAUGGACUUGCUUCUGGGCGGGAUGAGAGCCCUCUUAAGCCUUCUGGAGUGUUUCCCUCAGUCAGAAGACGCUCCCCAUUACGUGGUCCACAGGAGGAUGUGGGAAGGGAGGCAGAGAGAAAACAGAGCAGUGAGGAAUACUCAGUGACUGUAGAUAAAUCCAGCAACCAACUCUUCCAAUCGGAGGUAAGAGAGGAGAGAGGAAUGAGGGAGGAGAUGGGAACUACCAGAGAAAGCAGUGAAUGGAGACAACAAAAGGAUUUUGCAGGUGUCAGGAGAGAAGAAAGAAACAGAGAGUCAGUAAGGUCAAAAAAGAGUGGUGAAGUGAGUGCAGAAAGCCUUGAACUAGGAGCUAUAAAGAAGGAGGAGAGAAGAGUCCAAGAGAAAUCCACUUUGGAGGGAGUGUACCAAACUCCAGAGUCAAAGAGGAUGAAAGAAGGGGAUACAAGUGCCGAAGGGUCCCGUCCAGUAUUUGUGAAAGAAAUAUCUUCACUCAAAGUAAAAGUUGGUGAGAUGUCAGAGUUUACUUGCCAAUUCCAGGGUGACCCUCUGCCUGCGGUCACCUGGCUCAAAGAUGGCCACCCGUUAGACCACAACCCUGACUACAAUAUCAUGAUCAAAUCUAACAAAUCAAAGCUCACUGUCUUCUACCCAACAACAGACCAUGAGGGGACAUAUGACUGUGUCAUAACCAAUAAACGUGGCAAAUCCAUCUGCAGUGGCACUCUCGAGAUCUCUGACAAAAAGGUGGUGAGAAAGUCAGGGGCUGCACAGAAGAUGGUAGUUUCAGAGGAGCGAGAAAAGGGUGAAGAAACCCAGGACAGCGCCAUAGAAGAGGAACUUAAGACCUACAUGGAUGCAGGAAAGGCAACGUUACAGGUGCCUCAGGCGGUGAUCCACAGACGCGGCUGCUCAGAUGAAUCGUUAAACUCCUCACCAGUAGAAAUCAGAAUUACAGCUGCUACUCCUCUCCCUGAGAUGAGAGAGGAAAUCAGUGAGGACAAACCUCAGACUUUUAUGGAGGAAACUUCAGAAGUGCCAAGCGAUGAGGGAGCCUCUCAGACCGUCAAACACAAAUUUACUUUCUCCUUUGAUGUGGCUGGUGAAGCUCCCCACGUGAUCAGUGAAUUAGAGAAUAUCGCCUGUUCCGAGGGCAGCACUGCUGUGUUAGAGUGUGUAAUCACAGGUGAACCCACCCCAGAGGUCUCAUGGUAUUGUGAUGAUGUUUGCCUCAAAAUCAAGGCAGGAAAGUACAGAGCUGAGGUAGAUGAUAAAGUGUACAGGCUGUAUAUCAACAGUUUCACAUACACUGAUGCUGGAGUGUACAAAUGUGUUGCUAGAAAUAAGAUGGGAGAGGUUACAAGCAUCUCCGAUGUAUCGCUUCAAGUUGCAGAGCCUGUGCAGUUUUCAGAGGGUGGCGGUUUUACUCCGUCUGAGAUAGUGAGGAAGUCUGUUGUUGGCUUUACUGAGGAUGUCAAGAAACCUACGGCAACCCACAAAGCUACCAUCUCUCACACUGAGGACAGUGCUUUUGUAAGUUCAAAAGCUCCGUCAGAGCUGACCAAAGCCCCAAAAUCCAGACCUGGUGUCUCGAGAGAGCCUCCGACUGUAUCUGGCUGUGGUCUUACUGGUUCUGCUGCCGUGAUUAAAGUUUCUCAGAUUAAACAAGCUUUUGAGUCAGACUCACCAGUUGCAUUACGGACGCCCCCUUCUCCUGAGGAGCAGAGCAAAGAAACACUUUUUCCUAAGGAGUUCAUACCUGCGGUGGCUAUUUCCUUUGAUCAGCAGGAACAAGGAAUCAAACCUGAAAUCCUGUAUGCAGAAGGUGGUGAUAGACUUGUUCCUGCUAUGACAGGAAAUCCAGGUUCUCCCAAAGCUGUUUCAGCUGGAGCAGAACCAGGUUUGACUGAAACUAUUCCUGUUUCAGGAAAGCCACUUUCCCCUGAAACUCCUGUAGCACCCAAACCUGUCCCUUCCAAGGCUUCCCAGCCCACCUCCUCUCUGGAGGAAGACCGUGAGAUCCCAGUGAUAUCUGGUGAUGUUGAAGAGGGAGCAGUUUUAGCAGAAAGUCAUGGUGUAGUUAGGCAGUUUGUAGAGGAAGUACAGGAGUCUCCAGACCUCGUCAGGCCUAAGGCACAGAAACUUGCUCAAGCUCCUGAACCAAUGGAGACAUGUGAAGUGGGGUUGGUAAAGGAAGACACUUUGUGUACUUUUGACAGAACUAGCAGCUUUAUUCCUUUCCAGUCGGAAAGAGUCCCUACAGUAAAACGCACUGUCAGAACCUCAUCUCCAGCCGAAGAAGUCGUUAAACCUAAAAGAAUUUCUGAAUCUCUCAAACCUGAAAGGCCAAGUCCAGCUGCAGGGUCUUCCUGUAUUCCCAGUGAGGCUGAAGGUGUCAGUAUGGUGCUUGAAGGUGGGGAGCUGAUUUCAAUUCCAGAGCUGUCUAUGGACAGUGGUGUCUUCCUUAGUAUGCCAGAGUCCCAGGCCGAUGUGACAGAGGUAGCUGAGGAAAUGGCUGGUGAUGUAGUUGAACCUCAUACACAUAUCAAAGGUGAAGAUGAGACGAUUGAUGUCCACAUGGAGCCAGAACCUGAACCACUUAUUGUCAAGACUAAAGUAGACAGCAGAGUUGAACCACUUGGUCUUCCUGAGGAUGCUGCUACUGCUGCUGCUGCUGCUGCUGCUGCUGCUGAGGAACCUCGAAGCCGGAUUGCAUCUUUACACGAAAGAGAUAGUUUUGACAAGGCUUCAGCAGCUGAAGCUGGGGGAGCAGCAGCGGCAGCAGCUGGUUCCAUGGAGGAAGAGGAGGUCACUUUUGGUGCUGUGUAUGACUACUACAACCCUCCAACAGACUGGGGAAGACCACUGUCCCCUGAGUCUGAGAUGUCCAUAGAGAUUGGUAGCACUGUUAGUGAAGAGAUAGCCGAGGUAGCCGAGAGGUUCUACACCCCAGGCUCAUCCACUGAGGUCUCUCAGCCAAUUGCAGAGUCCUUCCACACUCCCAAGUCUCACACGACCUUCCAAACGCCAAGUUCUGAUACACCUGGAGGAUUUAUGACGCCUCAGGAAUUUCCCUUCUCUUCUCUAGAACAUAAGCGACCCUCAACAGGAGACUCAAGCGAGAGGUUUUUUUCACCAGUUCAAUUCCUGACAUCUCCUGCUGAUGAGGGAAUUGAAACAACGCCGCCUGCAAUAAGCCUUGACGAGAGUCGAUACCUCACCAAGGGAAUGGGGUCUUUAGGCCUAUCAACCCUUCAGGAAAAAGUGCAGGGAAUCCCUCCUGCCUUCCUCAAACCUCUCAUUAAGAAAAGAGUGUUUGAAAAUGACUCGCUAACAUUUUACGCUGAGGUGUUUGGCCUACCUUCCCCUGAGGUGAAGUGGUUCUGCAACAAAACCCAAUUGGUAGCAGAUGACAGAGUAAAAAUGGAAAGAGAUGGCGACAGCAUCUCACUAACAAUUCACAAUGUCACAAAAGCUGACCAGGGGGAGUAUAUCUGCGAGGCUGUGAACUAUGUCGGGGAGGCGAGAAGUGUUGCUUUAGUGGUAGUUGUAUCGCAGGAAGUAAAGUUCAUGCCCCCUCCACCUGCUGUCACCCAUCAGCAUGUGAUGGAGUUUGAUGUGGAGGAAGACGACUCAUCUCGUUCUCCUUCCCCUCAAGAGAUAUUGCUUGAAGUAGAAUUGGAUGAAAAUGAGGUAAAAGAAUUUGAGAAACAGGUUAAGAUCAUCACCAUUCCUGAGUACACAGCCGACAACAAGAGCAUGAUCAUAUCUUUGGAUGUGUUACCGAGUAUUUAUGAGGAGGGCGCUGUGGACUUUGUCGCCCAGGAGCAUGAUGAUUUGAAAAUUGCUUUUGAGGUCACCGAGAUGCCUCCAAGAUUUAUCAACCCCAUCUGUGACAUGGAAACCCCAGAGGGUACCACUGUCAUGUUUGAGUGCUCACUGAUGGGAAUUCCAUCUCCCAUCAUUUCUUGGUUCAAAGGUGACAAAAAAAUUCCUCACAAUAACAAAAAAUUUUUGCACUCAUCUGAUGGAGACAACCACUUCCUGAAGAUCUGUAAGGUCACAACACAGGAUACAGGAAUAUAUACCUGCAGGGCUAUUAACGUUGUCGGGGAGACUCUGUGCAGGGCCUCUCUGGUGGUGUUAAAUGCCAAAGCUUUCUCAGGAAAGACCAGAGGCAGGGAGUUGACCGCUGUGUCUCUGGGAAGUGCCAAAGUCCAGCCACAGAAGUUUGAUAUGAUGGUUGGCAACACGUCGUUUGACAGCGAGCAUGUGUCAGAAAUUGAGCUUGAGUUUGAGUUUGAACAGGAGGCAGAUGAAUCUCAGCGGGCGGUCAGGCUGGUGGCCAAGACUGACAACGAAAUGAGUGAACAAGGAGAGAAAUACGUCAGCGUUAACUUUGACGUUUUUGCCGAACCAGCAAAAGAUGACAAGAUAGAGUUCAAAGGGAAGUCCUCUGACAUGUGCAGCUUCCAGUUCCAGGUGACUGAGACGCCCCCUAAAUGUGUCAUCCCAUUGACCAAUGUUACAGCGGCGGUAGGGACACCAGUUAUCCUCCAGUGUCUGGUUAGCGGCAAGCCAAACCCAACUGCCGAGUGGUACAAAGAUGGAGACUGUGUUACAGACAGCAGGUGUAUAAUCCAGGAGAAAACUGCAGGACAUUUCAAUCUGCUUAUAACUAACGUGACCCAGAGUGAUGCUGGCGAGUAUAAGUGCAUAAUCCAAAACACAGCUGGUUGCAUUGAAACUGCUGCGCUGCUAAAGGUGUUUUAGAGGCUGAAGGGUGUCGCGCUGGUUGCACAAAGAUAAAUUAACAAAUUCUUUUGUUUAUUUUGUUUUUUGUCAGAUUUUUUCCUCAGUACAGCUGAAGACAGACAGGAAUUAUGGGAAAGAAAGGGGGGAUGACACAAGGCAUAGGGCCGCAGGUUGGAAUAGGAUAGAUCGUCACUCCUACCGCCAAAUUCUUGAUGCUAAUUCUUGAUGCUAAUUCUUUAAUGUUGUUUCCAUUGUGUACUAAGAUUAAGAAAUUUAGAAAUAAAACAUGGCUGACCAAUAAAA